CGCCCCGCCCAAUGACCGUGCGUACGUGCGUCGUCUCUAUGGUGGCGGCGGAUUCAGAGGGACCGAACCAUCCCCGAGUCAGGAUGUUCCGCCGAGAGCGCUGCAUCCCUCUUCGAGGCUCGGCUGCCGCCCUGUGCAACAACCUCAGUGUGCUGCCGCUGCCAGAGCGCAACCUCACACAUUUUGGGGUAGUGCAUGGACCCAGGGCCCAGCUUCUCAGCGCGUCCCCCGAGGGUGUGUCCUUAGCCCAGCGCCAGCUGCACGCUAAGGAGGGAGCUGGAGUGAGCCCCCCACUAAUCACCCAGGUCCACUGGUGUGUACUCCCUUUCCGAGUAUUGCUGGUACUCACCUCACAUCGCGGAAUACAGAUGUAUGAGUCUGAUGGCUCCGUCAUGGUCUUUUGGCAUGCACUGGACUCUGGAGAUGCCUCUCCAGUACAAGCUGUGUUUGCCAGAGGAAUUGCUGCCAGUGGCCACUUCAUCUGUGUGGGAACAUGGUCAGGCUUGGUACUGGUGUUUGACAUCCCACCCAAGGGUCCCAACAUUAUACUGAGUGAAGAACUGGCUGAGCAUCAGACACCAAUCACAGACAUUGCCACCGAGACUGCACAGGGCCAGGACUGUGUGGCUGACAUGGUGACAGCCGAUGACUCAGGCUUGUUGUGUGUCUGGCGGUCAGGCCCGGAAUUCAAAUUAUUGACCCGAAUUCCAGGAUUUGGGGUCCCGUGUCCCUCGGUGCAGCUGUGGCAGGGGACUGUAGCAGCGGGCUAUGGGAACGGGCAGGUACGCCUGUACGAGGCCAGUACAGGGGUGCUACAUGUCCAGAUCAACGCCCAUGCUCGAGCCAUCAGUGCCCUGGACCUGGCUCCCGAAGUGGGCAAGCUACUCUCAGCAGCUGAAGACACCUUUGUACACAUCUGGAAGCUGAGCAGAAACCCAGAGAGUGGCUCCAUUGAGGUGGAACACUGCCAUGGUGAGUGUGUAGCCGACACCCAGGUGUGUGGUGCCCGGUUCUGUGACCCCUCAGGCAGCUCCUUUGCUGUGACUGGCUAUGACCUCGCUGAGAUCCUGAGAUUCAGCAGUGUGUGAAAGAAAAGUCACCCUCCUUUUUCCCUGUGCUAUUUAUAAAGUAUGUCCUCCACCCAGUCCUUGUCUGGUUGUUCAGUAUCACAGUCAUACUUCAUAAUGGGUGAAACAAGCUCCAGGGAAGAGGGGAUAGGGCAGAUCCCCAGACCAAGCAGAGAGGCAACCUACUGGCAAGAACCAGGU